CAAGCAUAGUAGUGUGCGACUGCAACAAGAGCUCACUCACUCUUCUGUGAUCUGUACUGAAAGUCCUGAACGUGACAAGCUAAGCAGCGAGAACGAUGGCGGAAGAGUACGGCCGCAGCAGCUACGGCAGGUCAGGCGCCGGCGACGACUACGAGAGCGGCUACAACAAGUCCGGCACCGACGACUACGGCCGGGGCGAAGGCGGGUACAACAAGUCGGGCACCGACGGUGGCUACGGCGGCGGGUACAACAAGUCCGGCGGUGACGAGUACGGCCGCAGCGGCGGGGACGGGUACAACAGGCCCGGAACCGAUGAGUACGGCCGCGGCGGCGGCGACAGGUCCGGCACGGACGACUACGGCAGCGGCUACAAGAAGUCCGGCACCGACGACUACGAUCGCAGCGGCGGGUACAACAAAUCGGCCACCGACGACUACAACAGCGGCGGCGGCGGCGCGUACAACAAGUCCUCCGGCGGUGACGACGAGUACACCACCGGUGGCGGCAGGUACAAGAAGACCUCUGGCGACGACGAGUACACCGGCGGUGGCGGGUACGACAGCAAGUCCGGUGGCGGCGUCGACGAGUACGGCUCCUCCCGGAACGACUCGGAGAAGUACAGGAAGGAGGAGAAGGAGCACAAGCACAAGGAGCACCUCGGCGAGAUGGGCGCCCUCGCCGCCGGCGCCUUCGCCAUGUACGAGAGGCACGAGGCGAAGAAGGACCCGGAGCACGCGCAGCGUCACAAGAUCGAGGAGGGCGUGGCGGCGGUGGCGGCGGUGGGCAGCGGCGGGUUCGCGUUCCACGAGCACCACGGCAAGAAGGAGGCCAAGGACGCGGCGGAGGACGCCGAGGAGGAGGAGGAGGAGGCCGCCCGCGGCGAGGGCAAGAAGAAGCACCACUUCUUCGGCUAGCUAGCUGUUGCGUGACUAGCCUCCUGCGUGCUCCUCCAGCAGCGGGUGAAUAAAAGCCGGGGACGUUUCGUGCGUACGGCUCUGCGUAUCCGUGUACCACGUAUCCGUAUGUGCUACGUAUACGUCACUGUGGUUACUGAUGAUGUGGCUGCAGCUGUGUGGAGUGGAGUCUGUUGGUGUACGUGUCUGCAUGUGCAUUUGUCUACGUCGUUGUUUCGACGUGGUAUAUAUGUAUGUACGUGUUUUGCACUUGAUGACUUUGUAACCGGCACUCUCGCGCAGAAUCCGUGUAUAUUUUAAUAAAAAAGUGUCACCGGUGCCUGAUUUGCUUCUCU